AUGGCAUCCUCCAAGAAGAAAGUUGUCACUAAAGAUGAGCUACGACGUUUUAUGAAAGAGAAACAGACUCUUUCAAAAACUUCUGCGAAACGAUGGCAACAAACUCGCUAUCAUCAUUGUUCUCUCUUUCUCACGCCCAGUAAACGCGCUGUGAAAGGUCGACUGAGAGCAAGGCCAGUUCCACUCCAGCAGCCUAUUGUGCCCCCUGCAAGACUCUCAAAGCCUCCACUCACUGAUGCAGAGAAGUCAAAGAGGAGAUAUGAUAAAAGAAAAGAGCAGGAUCCAGAUGGUCACAAAGCCUAUCUUGCCAAGAAAAAAGAAGAAAACAAGCAACGAAGGGAGAAGCUGAAAGAAACUGCCACAGAGGAGGAGAAAAGGAUUCAACGAGAGAAAACCAAGGCAAGAGUAACCAAAUGUCGAGAAAAGAAAAGAGCGGAGAAAGAAAGACUUAUUGCUGAGGGUGUGUGCCCUGACGCUGAUGCUAUCACUAAGAAAAGAAAACCGAUAACGAGAAAGGAGCAGCAAAAGGCGGAGCUUCAAAGAAAAAGGGACAGUGAGAGGAAAAAAAGAGAGAGAGAGGGGUGGAGUUGGCAGAAAAAGAAAGCAGAAAGCCAUAAGGCAAAGGAGAGAAGGCAGAAGAAGAAAGACAAGGAAAGGACAGAUGAAGACCAGAAUGAUCAGAGAAAAGUUGUUGAUCCAGACACGGGAGGAAACAGAACUGAGGUCGCAAGGAAGCAGGCCUUGUACAGGGUCCGGAAAGCUCUUCCGAGGGAUCCUGCACAGCGACAACAAACCCUGAAGGAUUUGACGCUCAUGUUACGGAAAUCAGUGCUUCAGGAAAGAGUACAUAAACUUGUCAGCCGCUGUGACAAGCGGGUGAUGAGAGGACUGGCCCAACGCCUCUCUACCAUGGACCGUCAAUCGAGGACAGCUGGACGCAAGUUAUUACAAAUGUCUUGCCAACGUCUGCGCAGUAUCCAGAGAAGCCAUUCCUUCUCAACGGUCUUUAUGAGGAAAUCCCUAGAAAGCAAGCAGGCAAAGACUGUCGUCGAAUUUCUCAAGGAGCAUGCGGCACCGUUCGCAGAUAAGAAAAGAGCAACGAAGACUGGGGCGACAAUGCUCCUGCAAGACGAUAUGGCCACCCUAUUUACUCUCUUCAAGAAGCGCCAUCCUGACAUCACCGUGUCGAAGAGUCAAUUUUACAAGCUGAGGCCAAAGAGCCUCAAACUGCCGCAGUCACUGCAAUUGAACCAGUGCCUUUGUGAGCCAUGCGCUAACAUUGACCUUAAAAUCACAGCACUAAAGGCAGCUUACCCAAACAUGCCAGCAAGUAAGUCAGCGCUGUUGGAUGCUGUAUUGUGUGGUAAAAAAGGGGAGUACCACCCUUAUGACUGCAUAACAAUGAAAUGUGGCGAGUGCGGACCUGAGAAACUGAAAGCCCUGCUCACUUCCCCGGCAAGGACAUCUGUUGAAUGCCGUGAGUGGAGAAACAGAAAGUCCACAGAGAAAAGCGGAGUAGUCACUAGAAAAGUUCUGGAGAUUGAGGAGUGGGGGGUUAAUGAGCUUCUGACCAAGCUCAUGAAUGAGCUGAGGGCCUUCCCUCUUCACCUUCUGACUGCCAGGUGGCAGUACUGCCAAUUCAACAAAAUGAAAAGGGAGCUGCAACCUGGACAGGUUAUGAUGGUGUAUGAUUUUGCCGAAAAUUUUAGGACAUCAUAUCAAGACGAAGUUCAGUCGGCCCACUGGAACUACCAACAAGUCACCCUGCAUCCAGUGGUGUGUUACCAUAGGUGUCAGGACUGUAACGACUAUGUCACACACUCAGUCGUUGCAGUCUCUGAUGAUCUUAAGCAUGACUACUUUGCAGUAGACAUCAUCCUGCAAAGAGUCCUUUCAUUUUUCCAGGAGAGAGGCUACACCUUCAAUAAAAGCAUCGAGUGGUCAGAUGGGUGCAUGGCCCAGUAUAAAAGCAAAGCGCCAUUUUACCUGCUACAAAGCAGGGGUAAAAACACCAAUGUACAUCGCCAUUUUUUUGGCUCGCGUCACGGGAAAAACCCAUCUGAUGGUGAGUCUGCAGUGGUGAAGUCAGCAGUGACGAGAGCCAUAAAGUGCAGGAGGGUUGUGAUACAAGACGCCUGGCAGCUGUACCAGUUUGCUGUUGGGAACUUGGAGAGGGACUCUGCUGAAAGGUGCCAGCAUUUCAAGAGGAGCUUCAUCUUCGUAAAGUCCUCGGAUAUUGUAAGAUUUAACCUGCCGGACCUCAAGCCAUUACCCAACACCAGACUGGUCCACUCAAUUGUGAGCCACGGUGGACAGGUGCUUCAGUACCGCAACCUGUCCUGUUCCUGCGAGGGGUGCUGCCAUGAAUCUCCAUGUCUCAACAGAGAUUAUGUUGACAAAUGGAAGAGUCACAGCUUCACAAAGAAAAAGAAGGAACCUGCUGAGACUCCACUGGAGACCGUACAGGAUGAAGCUGUGGCGACGCCACUUAAAGAAAUGCAAAAUCUUCUGACUGUUACUGACUGCAAAAAACCUGUUGAAACAGAGAUGAUAAUGGAUGAAAAUGCUGCUUCUAUGCAGACGGAACAUGAUGAGAGCAUCAGUGAUGCCAAUAUUUCUGGCUUAUUGUCAACCUCUGGAAUGGAAUAUCUGGAGAAUUUGCUGGAGGGAGAAGAAGAUCAAGCUGACAAGAAAGAGGAGACAGGUAUCCAAGAGGGACAGUAUGUUGAGGUCUUCCUGUACGCCACUGGUGGGACCCGUCGCCAAUUUAAAGGCAUUUGGAGAAGACCUUUCCUGGGGAGGUGCAAGUAAGGUAUAUGAAGCCUGUAGGAUCUGGCCUCUACAUCUGGCCGGAGCCCGAUGACACCUCAGUCAUACCAAUUUAUGACAUUUGCCGCACCCUUGAACCUCCUGCAUUAGUUUCUCGUGGCCGCUACAAAUUUGAAUGAGCGCGCACAGAGUUAACAUUUACUGUAUUGUCACUCUCUUGUACGAUGACAUUUAAUAGAUCUUGAAGCUAUUCGUCAUCUGCUAUUAUUAAGACUGUGUCCCGUGUCGUCUGAUAUAUUUUACAUUGUUUACGUUGUGUCCCCCUAUCGAGAUACUGUACCUGGCAUUUCUUCUGUGUGUCUUGUGAUAUUUUCACUAUACAGGGCGUUUUAAAUUUCAUUUCAUUCAGUUAUGGCUAGCUUCACGUCUAAGAGCAGCUAAGAAUGACUCAAGUACUCAAUUUCAGACUUCGAAGCUGUAACAAUUCAGCUCUCUAUUUGCUGCACUUUAUUUCUUUGACCGUAGUCAAAUACCAUUGGACACCCCCCGGGGCGGUGCCACUGACUAAGUGUCUUUAGGCCAUUCCCAAAGGGCGGACAUUUCUCGUUCUAGU